AUGGCUAGUCUAACAGCUCAAGAAACUGUUUACAGUACCACCGAUGACGGCAAGUACGUCACCUAUCGAGCUGGAGGCAAACCAGGCAAACGUCUAAUCCGUCAACCCGGUGAACCAGGUUGGGUCGAAUCAUUUGACCGAAUCCCAAUUAUCGAUUUCACCAACGUCAAUCAUCCUGACAUUGAGGUGAGACUAAAGCUCGCCAAUGAGCUGGCUGAAGCUGCUGAGAAUGUCGGUUUCUGGUAUGCUGCUAACACCCCUGUUGAUGAGGAAUUGGUCGGCAAGACAUUCGCAGCUCUGGAGAAAUUCUUCAGUCUACCGGUUGAACAAAAGUCCGAAGCUAGUUGGAUGAAGACCCCUGGAGCUAGAGGUUACGAGUCUUUCGCAGAUGUAGCUGCCAAUGAGGGUUCUGGAACGUUGAGAGAAUCAUUUAUCAUGGGUGACGACUUACUGGAUCCCAAGCAGUAUUCAGGCUCUGUACCAGAAGGCAUGAAACCUCAGAACAUUUGGCCGACCGCCAUGCCAGAAUUCAAAGAGGCUCUCGACAACUACUACUCCGUCCUCAUGCCAUUUGCAAGAUCCAUCCUGCACCUGUUCUGCCUUGCUCUAGGUCUGGAAGAGACUGCACUCGAUGGAUUGCAUCAACAUCCCAUGGCUGCCCUUCGUGCACUGCAUUACCCGCCUCAAGAUCCUAGCGAGAGCGCAGCCGGGUUCCUCGCUCAUGCUGAUUUCUCCUCCUUCACUCUGGUAUUGCAAGGUGCAAAGUACGGCUCGGGUCUUGAAGUACUCAACAUGAACGGACAGUGGGUAUCUGCCCCUUAUAUACCCGGAGCUACAUUCACCUGUAAUGUCGGUGAUUAUCUCCAAGCUCUCUCUUCAGGUCGAUUCGUUAGUACAGUACAUCGUGUUGUCAACAAAUCAGGUAGCGAGCGAUACUCGUUACCUUUCUUCUUCUCUCCCGACCCUUCGGCUGUCCUCAAACCGGUGGUCAACAGAAAGCAAGGUAGCGAUUACGAGGCUGAAUACACGGACGAACCGAUCGGUAAACAGUUCAUGAGGAGGUUGAUGUUCGCCAGAAGAUUUCAUCCUACAGCCAAGAGACUCGCUGAAUUGGACAUUCCGGAUAAAGACUGGAAGUAUGAAUAUAUCACUGGUAGUCUUCCAUAG